UUGUUAUUGUGCCGAUUGUUUCGAUAUAUGAUUAGAAAGAAACCAACACUCAACAGCAGAGUUUGAUUUCGAUACGUUUCUAUUGCGAACAAAAAGCGAGCUAUUAAAUUACAUUUAAGAAAUGGUGACUACAGAGAAAGAAAGAGACAAAGAUGGGUAUAUAAUAUGUUAAUAACCGGAUGGAAGGUCGUGCAAUGUAAAUAGUUGUGAUACAUAUGUACAAGUAAAGAGAAUAUAUGGAGCGAAAACCGGGAGGCCUUUCAUAAACAGUAAGGCAUAAAUGGAGCCUGCUCGAAAGAAACAGAGAGAUCGCCAAGAAGAUCGGCCAGCUCGGAAUCGACUUGUUGCGGUUGUUGCUGGGAGCUGGGCACGGCUGUUGUUUUUGAUUCUGAUUUCGAAGAAGAUGAAGAUGACGUUGACGAUGACGAUGACGAUGACAACGACGCUGUCGCUUGCACGAGUGUCAGAUUUGACAAUUGUUCUGUCAAUUCCUUGUCGUCUUCUGUGUUGCUUUUGUAAGCUUGUGAUGGCGGUGGUGACGAUUGCGGUAUUUGCGAUCGGGUUGCAUUCUGGGUAUAGGUAUUUGAUUCUUCUUUUGUUUUUGAAUCUGUUGGUUUUAAUUUGCUCAUUUAUUGAAGAUGGAGCCGUUAAGAAUGAGCACAAGUAAGAAAAAGAAGGUCCAACGAGGUCCCGCUCGUAGUUGUGAUGUGACGCGGCAUAUAUAUUCAACU